AUGAGAGCUUUUGGCAGAUUGAUAGCAUUGCUAGUGAUGUUCAAUUUAGUAUUGGUGUCCUUGGUUAAUGGUCAAGAGACUGACUUGUACAAGGUGCUCGAUGUUCCAAGAGACGCCUCUGAUAAGGACAUCAAGAAGGCCUACAGGGUGUUGAGCAAGAAAUACCAUCCAGACAAGAAUCCCAACGACGAGCUGUCUCACCAGAAAUUCAUUGAAAUCGGUGAAGCCUACGAGAUCCUCAGCGAUAGCGAGAAAAGGCAGGUUUACGAUAACUAUGGCUAUGAAGCUGUCAAAAAUGGGCAGAAUCCAAACCAGCAACAGCAGCAACACGAUCCCUUUGAUUUCUUUCAGCAUAUGUUUGGUGGCAACAGAGGUAAUCAAAAAAAUGUUAGAAAACAAAAGGGCCAGAACAUUCAAGUUAACAUCGAAUUAACCUUGAAUGAGUACUACAAUGGUGAUUUGAAAGAAUACCAAAUUAAUUUAAAGACAGUUUGUGAUCAUUGCCAUGGCACUGCUUCGGAGGAUGGUAAAGAACAUAAAUGCAACGAGUGUAAUGGCUCGGGCCUAAAGGUUAUUAAAAGACAAUUAGGUCCAGGAAUGUUUCAAACUUUUCAAACCACUUGUCCAAAAUGUCAAGGAAAGGGCAAAUUAAUUAAAAACUAUUGCAAAAAAUGUAAUGGCCAGGGUAUAAUUGAUUCAACAAAAUCCUUCAAUAUUCAUGUUUCUCCCGGUGUUGAUAGACAUCAUGUUCAAGUCUUUGAAAAUCAAGCUAAUCAAUACCCGGAUAAAAAUAUUAUUCCUGGUGACCUAUUGUUUCAAUUUAAUGAAAACUAUUCUAAAAAUAACCUAGGUUAUAGAAGAAGAGGCAAUAACCUAUUCAGAACUGAAUAUCUAUCUCUCAAAGAAGCAUUAUUGGGUAAUUGGAAAAGACAGCUCGAUUUCUUCAAUAAAGAUGAACCUGUUCAUAUAAAAAGAAUUAAAAAUCAAAUUGUUACAAAUGAUGAGAUUGAAAUCAUUAAAAAUAAAGGUAUGCCAAUACCGGAAUCUGAUGAUCAAUUUGGUGAUUUAUAUAUUCAAUAUAAAAUUAUAAUGCCUGUUGGUUUAAAAAAUCCACAUGAUGAGUUUUAA